UCAUUCAAAAGCAAAAUCUACAUAGAGAGAAAGAAGUAAGUAAUGGCAACCACCCCCAAGUGCACUGAGUGGCAGUUCAGCGGUAGCGAGGCAGCCAAAGAAGCUGCUGCGGCCGCCCUAGGUGCCUACACCUCUAAACUCAUGGCUCUUUGUGAUCCUAAUGGCAAGCCCAUUUUGCCCCCAAACAAAAAGGCCAUAGAGACCAGCAAUUCAGCCGAAAAAGCUGUCGUUAAAGUUGUUCUCUCCGGCACUGGAAACGCCUAUGCUCCUAGCAUUGGCCUUCCCGUCGCAAAAAGUGCCGUAGCAGAGUAUCUAAACCGAGAUCUUCCGAAGAAGCUAACAGCAGAUGACGUGUUUAUGACUGUUGGAUGCAAACGAGCGAUUGACCUUGCGGUCGAUAUUCUUGCUAAACCAAAAGCCAACGUUCUGCUUCCGAGGCCAGGCUUCCCAUGGGAUGUAGUACGCUCCAUCUACAAGAAGCUCGAGGUCCGUUACUAUGAUUUUAUCCCUGAACAAAACUUUGAGAUCGACUUCGAAAGCGUCAAAAAGGUGACAGACAAGAACACGUUUGCUAUAUUUAUCAUCAACCCUCACAAUCCCAAUGGAAACACCUACUCGGAGGCUCAUCUCAAACAGCUCGCUGAAUUGGCUAAGGAACUCUCCAUUAUGGUGGUUUCUGAUGAAGUUUUUAGAUGGACCGUCUUCGGGAAUAACCCUUUUGUUCCGAUGGGAAAGUUUUCUUCCAUCGUACCAGUGGUUACACUCGGAUCCUUAUCUAAGGGAUGGAAUGUACCAGGAUGGCGAACUGGCUGGCUCGCGCUGCACGAUCUAGACGGUGUCUUCAGAAACACUAAGAUAUUAGAAGCUGCCAACGAAUUUCUCCAGAUAAAUGCCAAACCUCCGACUGUUAUUCAGGCGGCUAUGCCUGACAUUUUGGAGAGAACUCCAAAACAUUUCUUCCUUGAGAGGGGAAGUUUUCUGAAACAUAAAGUUGAUAUUGGAUACGCUAAGCUCAAGCACAUACCUGGCCUCACUUGUUACAUGAAACCCGAAGCGUGCACCUUUUUAUGGACCAAGCUGGAUAUAUCGUGCUUUGCUGACAUUGGAGACGAUCAAGAGUUCUGCAGCAAGCUUGCUAUGGAAGAAAAUCUCGUCGUUUUGCCAGGGAUUGCAUUUAGACAGCCGAACUGGUUGAGGCAUUCUAUCGACAUGGAGACGCCAACAGUUGAGGACGCAUUUGAAAGAUUGAAGAGCUUCUGUGAACGCCAUUCCACAAAAGGUGGAGCUUCACUCAAAAACGCCAAUGGCGUCAACUAAAGGGUCAAGAUGAUAUGAUCCUUGUCCAAGUCUAUCAAUGAUAAUAAAUGGGUGUUUUUGGUAAUGUGAGAUAAAUCAUGAACACUUUCGUAGUUGUAAUAAAUAAAAUUGGUGUACUUAUCAUCAAUCGUAGAAUGUUUUCUCAUGAUGUAUCAUCUACUUGAAUAAUAAAAUUAAUAUGUACCAAAUUCUGUUUUAUUUGAGAUA